CGCCCGGGAAGCCUGGGCGCGCAGCAGCCGCGGCCUCGCUAGGGCCCCAGGGACUCGAGCAGGGACUGCGACCAGCCCCACGGCCGGCUGUGGAGCAGCCUGGACACCAGUUCACCAUGGGGAGACGCCUCAAGUUUCUGCAGAAACUGGCCUUCUUGGCCCAGAACCACCGGUACAAGGCGCUGGAGAGGGACGAGGUGGAGACCCUGAUUGAUGAACAGUGUGAGCUGAAAGCUAUCGAGAGAGAAAAGACUGUCGCUGCUCUGCCACCUGGGGAAGCUUGCAAAUGCAGCAGAGAGGAGCUGGCCAGAGCCUUCCAUGUAGACCUGGACAGCGGCCUGUCAGAAUUUGCAGUGGCCCAGCGCAGGCUGGUCCAUGGCUGGAACGAGUUUGUCACAGAUAACGCUGAGCCCGUGUGGAAGAAAUACCUGGAUCAGUUCAGGAACCCCCUAAUUCUGCUGCUGCUGGGCUCAUCCAUGGUGAGCGUCCUCACCAAAGAAUAUGAGGAUGCUGUCAGCAUCGCCCUGGCCGUUCUCAUCGUGGUGACCGUUGGCUUCAUCCAGGAAUACAGGUCGGAGAAGUCUCUGGAAGAGCUCACCAAGCUGGUACCCCCAGAGUGCAACUGCCUGAGAGACGGCAAACUCCGGCACAUGCUCGCACGAGACCUGGUUCCGGGAGACAUUGUGUCCUUGUCCAUGGGAGAUCGGAUUCCUGCUGACAUCCGACUCACCGAGGUCACAGAUCUCCUGGUGGAUGAAUCCAGCUUCACAGGCGAAGUGGAGCCAUGCGGCAAAACAGAAAGCCCGCUGGCUGGCGGUGGGGAUCUCAGCACCCUGAGCAACGUGGUCUUCAUGGGGACGCUGGUGCAGUGUGGGAAGGGUCAGGGAGUUGUGAUCGGAACCGGGGAGCAGUCUCAGUUUGGAGAAGUUUUCAAGAUGAUGCGGGCAGAAGAGACACCUAAAACUCCGCUGCAGAAGAGCAUGGACAAGCUGGGCAAGCAGCUAACGGUCUUUUCCUUUGGCAUCAUCGGUCUCUUGAUGCUGGUUGGCUGGGUGCAAGGGAAGCCCUUUCUCAGCAUGUUCACUGUCGGGGUCAGCCUGGCGGUGGCAGCCAUUCCAGAGGGGCUGCCCAUCGUUGUCAUGGUGACACUGGUCCUGGGGGUGCUGCGGAUGGCGAAGAAGCGGGUCAUCGUGAAGAAGCUGCCCAUUGUAGAGACUCUUGGUUGCUGUAAUGUCAUCUGCUCUGACAAGACAGGCACUCUGACAGCCAACGAAAUGACAGCCACUCAGCUUGUCACAUCUGAUGGGUUCCAUGCUGAGGGCACAGCUGUACGCUCCCUUAACCAGCAGUUUGGGGUCAGUGGCGUCGGAUACAGCGGAGAAGGGACUGUGUGCCUUCUGCCAUCUAAGGAAAUAAUCAAAGGAUUUGACAACGUGUCAGUGGGGAAGCUAGUGGAGGCAGGCUGCGUGGCCAACAACGCUGUCAUCAGGAAGAACGCUGUAAUGGGGCAGCCCACAGAAGGGGCCUUGGUGGUGCUGGCCAUGAAGAUGAACUUAGGCAGCAUCAAAGAUUCCUACGUACGGAAAAAGGAAAUUCCCUUCAGCUCGGAGCAGAAGUGGAUGGCAGUAAGGUGCGGCCCGAAGAGCGAGGAUGGGGAAGACGUUUACUUCAUGAAGGGGGCCUUUGAGGAAGUAAUCCAUCACUGCAGCAUGUAUAACAAUGGGGGCAUCCCCCUGCCUCUGACACCCCAGCAGAAGUCCUACUGGCAGCAGGAAGAGAAGAAGAUGGGCUCGCUUGGCCUGCGGGUGCUGGCCCUGGCGUCUGGACCUGAGCUGGGGAGACUGACAUUCCUGGGUCUCGUGGGCAUCAUCGACCCACCAAGGGCCGGUGUGAAGGAAGCGGUCCAGGUCCUCUCUGAGUCUGGUGUGUCGGUUAAGAUGGUGACAGGGGAUGCUCUGGAGACCGCCUUGGCCAUAGGAAGAACCAUCGGCCUGUGCAACGAGAAACUGAAAGCUAUGUCCGGGGAGGAGGUGGAAGGCACGGAGCAGGGCACACUGGCAGCCCGAGUGAGGCAGGUGUCUGUAUUCUUCAGGACCAGCCCAAAGCACAAGGUUAAAAUCAUAAAGGCGUUGCAGGAGUCGGGGGCAAUUGUAGCCAUGACGGGGGAUGGUGUGAAUGACUCCGUCGCCCUGAAGUCUGCGGACAUCGGGAUCGCCAUGGGACAGACAGGGACAGAUGUCAGCAAAGAGGCAGCCAACAUGAUCCUGGUAGAUGACGACUUCUCAGCCAUCAUGAGCGCAGUGGAGGAAGGCAAGGGCAUCUUCUACAACAUCAAGAACUUUGUCCGCUUCCAGCUGAGCACGAGCAUCGCAGCCCUGAGCCUCAUCACCCUGUCCACCGUGUGCAACCUGCCCAGCCCCCUCAACGCCAUGCAGAUCCUGUGGGUCAACAUCAUCAUGGACGGGCCACCGGCACAGAGCCUUGGGGUGGAGCCUGUGGAUAGAGACGCCCUUCGGAGGCCUCCACGGAGCGUCGGGGACACGAUCCUGAACAGAGCCCUGAUCCUGAGGGUCCUCAUGUCGGCCGCUGUCAUCAUAGGGGGGACCCUCUUUAUCUUCUGGAGAGAGAUCCCAGCGAACGGCACCAGCACCCCACGUACAACCACCAUGGCCUUCACCUGCUUCGUGUUUUUCGACCUCUUCAAUGCCCUGAGCUGUCGCUCUCAGACCAAGCUGAUAUUUGAGAUUGGCUUUUUCCGGAACCGCAUGUUCCUGUACUCGGUCCUUGGGUCCCUCCUGGGGCAGCUGGCUGUGAUCUAUGCCCCGCCCCUGCAAAAGGUCUUCCAGACAGAAAACCUGAGCGCGCUCGACCUGCUGCUGCUGACGGGCCUGGCCUCAUCUGUCUUCGUUCUGUCGGAGCUGCUCAAGCUCUGGGAAAAGUUCUUGUCCAGAGCCAGGCCCACUCAGAUGCUCCCUGAAGCUGUGUAACGGAACCAGUGCGUCAAGGCCCUGACUGACCUGUGUGCUUGGGUGCCUCUGGCCUGUCCCCAUCCAUCUGUACUAACCAUUCCAAGGGGCAAAUCUCAGGACCGUGCAGCAUCAGACACUGGCUCCGCCUGUCCUCCUGGGCCAUGUCCCGCACUGGACAGGGUGGAGCUUAUUAUACUGAAACAUGGCGCUAUUUAUUAAACCACCGUGGUUUUUUUAUUUAA